GCGGGUCCCGGCCAGAUGUGCACGGCCCGCCCCGCCCUCCCUGGCGCGCCCGGCCCCGCUGCACGGGGACAGGAGCCGCGCGCGCCUCGCCGGGGCGCCCCCACAGCCCGCUGCGACCGCGCCGGGGAGCGGCGGAGGCCCCGAGCGGCCGAGGAGAGCGGAGGCGGCCGGCCCGCAGCGCCCCGGGGCCCGCGCCCUCCCGAGGAGGCGCAGCAGGAGCGGCGGGAGGCGGCGGAGGGAGGCCCCGGCGCCAAGAUGCCGCGUCCCUGGGCCCUGGCGCUCCCGCUGCUGCUCCCCUGGGUGGCAGGUGGAUCGGGGGACGCGGCCAGUGCAAAGGAUCGUGGGCUGUCGACGUCCACACCACAGCCCGGGCUCUGUCGCUACGGAACUAAGCUGGCCUGCUGCUAUGGCUGGAGAAGGAACAGCAGGGGAGGCUGUGAAGCUUUGUGUGAACCCGGAUGCAAGUUCGGGGAGUGCGUGGGACCGAACAAAUGUAGAUGCUUCCCGGGAUACACCGGAAAGACGUGCAGUCAAGACGUGAAUGAGUGUGGACUAAAACCCCGGCCGUGCCAACACAGAUGUGUGAACACACACGGGAGCUACAAGUGCUUUUGCCUGAGCAGCCACGUGCUCAUGCCGGAUGCCACGUGUGCGAACUCCAGGACGUGUGCCAUGACAAGCUGCCAGUACAGCUGCGAAGACACAGAGGAAGGGCCUCGCUGUCUGUGUCCGUCCUCGGGGCUCCGCCUGGCGCCGAAUGGAAGAGUCUGUACAGAUAUCGACGAAUGUGCCUCUGGGAAAGCUGUCUGCCCUUACAAUCGAAGAUGCGUGAACACAUUUGGAAGCUACUACUGCAAAUGUCACGUUGGUUUUGAACUGAAAUAUGUCCGUGGCCGCUAUGACUGUGUAGAUAUAAACGAGUGUGCUGGGAAUACCCAUCCGUGCAGCCUCUAUGCCAACUGCCUCAAUACCCAAGGAUCCUUCAAGUGUAAAUGCAAACAGGGAUACAGAGGCAAUGGCCUUCAGUGUUCCGUGAUCCCUGAAAAUUCUGUGAAGGAAGUCCUCACGGCCCCUGGUACCCUCAAAGACAGAAUCAAGAAGUUGCUGGCUCACAAAAACAGCAUGAAAAAGAAGAUAAAAAUCAAAAAUGUCAUCACAGAACCUUCUGGAGCUCCUGCCCCUGAGGUCAACCUGCAGCCCCUCAACUCUGAAGAGAGUGUUUCCAGAGGUAGGAACUCUGAUGGAGGAAAAAACCGAAAUGAAGAGAGAAAGAAAGAGGGGCUCGAGGAAAGGAAGAGAAAGGAGAAAACCCUGAAGAACCACAUGGAGCGGGAGCAAAGCCUUCGAGGAGAUGUGUUUUCCCCGAAGGUGAACGCAGCGGGUGAAUUGGGUCUGGUUCUGGUCCAGAGAAAAGCUGUCACAUCCAGGCUGGAACACCAAGCAGAUUUAAAUAUCUCAGUUGACUGCAGCUUUGAGCACGGGGUCUGUGACUGGAAACAGGAUAUAGAAGAUGACUUUGACUGGAAUCCUGCUGAUCGAGAUAAUGGUCAGCGUUUGUCACCUUUGGAAACUUCUAGACCUUCCGAAGUCUGCCCUCAUGAAUGGCUCCGUUGGUUCAGUAUCUGUGUCCCGCCUUAUCCCUCUUACCCCCACCCACCCACAUACAGGAUGUUCUAGCAAAACUUUUCCAUAGUCACUCCUGCUGCCGAGAGACAGAUGUUAGAACUCGUGAACAUUUUUGACUUAUAAAGAAAAAAACCCUAUUUUUUAAGUAAUCUCUGUGCCCAACGUAGUGCUCAAACUCAUGACCCCGAGCUCAAGAGCCACAUGCUCUACCAAGUGAGCCAGCCAGGGCCCAAGAAUUCAUGUACAUUUUAAGAGUAUUGGGGGAAGGGUAGAAAGAAGCUGUUCUUUUCCCCAGUUUGGCAGCUCGUGGUGCUCUGUAGUUUUUGUUUUGCUUUUGGUGGGGAAAUAAAUCUGGAAAGGAAAUAUGACCUCUGCCUAAACCUGAAGUUUUAGUAAAGCCACCCCUCAAAGUAGCAGCACCAUGAUGGGCAUCAGGUCAGCAACCUGAACUUCUGGACUGAAUGUUCCCCUCCGUCGCUUGCAGAUUCCUCUCUGGCCACUUACACUGGGAUUUUUCUCGACUUCAGCUCUGAGCUGUGGAAUUCUAGCACUUUCCACUUCUUGCUUAAACACUAUUGACGGGCCCUAGCUUUCCCCUUGGGUAGAGCAUUUUGGCUGAUACAACCCACUUGGAGCAUCAGUCGAGGCCCUGUCUCCUGAGGCUGACAGGAAGAGGUGUAGGUAGAGACAACUCUGGGGACUCGACUUUCUUACCAAUCCAUUUAUUUAUUUGGGACUCUACAAGUUCAGCCCUCAGUUACAAGAUCCUUCUCCUGGACCCUUCCUCUAGACUAGUUCCUCCCUUAGACCUUGCCUUUCAAGCCUUCACACGCAACCAGGAAACCUGGAUAUCCCCCAACAAAAAUUCCUUGCAAAACUUGAGAUUAGGGUAGAGGGGGUACAUCUCACGCAGCAAGUUGUGUGAGUGGAACUGUCGCCGAAGAUUCAAGGAAGGUUUAACCAGUCCCAAGACCGUAUAUCUUGGGAGAGCCUGUCUGGUCAAUAGCUAACUUGCAUUUCUCCUUUCUUCCAUCAUGACAUCUCCAAGUUUCUAUCCGCCAGAGCCACAUCAUACAGGGAGCCCGUAGGUUAUUCCGGAAUCUUGACAGCUCACACAGUCAGCAGGGUCUUCAUGUGGAGCUUUCCAGCAAUGGAAAGUCCCCUGUUUACAAACGCGAUUCACAAAUGGCCUCAGGUUUCCCAGCCUUUGUGUCACUCAAAUCGUACGUUCUUCCCCCCUGCGCCCUGUUCAGAUCUCUAGGUGGGCUCGUCUUUCCCUGAGGAAACGUGGGAUGAAUCAGCAUUUCUAGAAGGAUAAAAUCUCAAGGACAAAUCAAAAUGGGCUUUAGGGGAGAGAGUAGGGAAAUCUGCCUCAGUGGGUCACAGAAGAGAGGGUGUCGCUGGUGGAGUGGCAGUGGCUAAAGUGUAGGAUGCCUACGUUUCAGAUUAGCAGGAGAAUACUUUUUAGUACAUCUCAGGUUGUUGUUUUUGUUUUUUGUUUUUUUAACAUUUAUUUAUUUUUGAGACAGAGAGAGACAGAGCAUGAACGGGGGAGGGUCAG